AUGAAUACGGUACACUCCACCAGCGCCACCCUUGCCUCCCUCAACUCAGCAGAUGUCUACGAUUCCGAUGGCAUCGACCCGCGGGAGAGCCCGCCCCUACAGCAAAAGACGCUGAAGCUGCGCAUAACUCCUAGCCCCCCGCCCAAAGUGACUGAAGUUAGUCGUUCCUCCCUGCACUCCUCUCCCUCCACCUCCCGUCGCCGUUCCUCUUCUAAUCGUCGUCGCAAGGCCAAACCGUCACUCGGACAGACUGUGCUUCUGCAGUACAUGGCAGGCGGGCGGAACCCUGAUAUUGCUCAUUUUGCCAGCCAAUGUGUCCCCUCUGACGAGUCUGAGGAGGACGAAGACGACGACGAGGACGAGGAUAUUGGCCGGACCCGCGAGUCGACCUCGGAAUUCCUAAACAACGACUCGGACAGCGAUAAGGACGACGACGAGGAUAGCACGGACGAGGACGAUCACCGGAGGAGCCACAAGGAGAUAUCCGACCAGAACCACAGACGUCUGUUUAUUGGAGAGACAACGCGACGAUACUCAACAGACGCCAGGCCGUCAAGGCCAGAACAGCAGCAGCAGCGAUCAGUACACCGUGAAGGGCGUGAAAGGUCUCCAAGAGGCAAACAACGACAGCAAUCACCUACCAGCCUUCUGACAUUAGACAACGGAGAUGACGCCAUGUCUCUGGACGAACCUAGCCCUCCGCCACAGAGGCCGCCGCAGCAAUCACAUCAGCACGGCCGGCAGCAGCAAGAAAAGCCGGAACGGAGUCCUGAACAUGACAGAAAACAACGACAUGCGAGAUCCGGAGCCGCCAGUACAGUCCCUUUAGCGGGCGCAAACCUAGCUGCGAUAGCAAUGGCUGCGGCGGGAGCCAUCGCGAAUCCAGGCCAGAGUGUACAGCCAUCCGAUGUCACAAUACCGCAGACAACCUCCAUCAGUAACAGGCCUGAUACGAGCCUGGCUCCCCCGCCGCCUCCGCGCUCACCAGGAGCCAAGAGAGACCACAGUGGCGCUCUCAAGCCCAUAUCUAUCGCACCCGGUGGCCUUCGCUUGGAAAGCAUCGUAUUGUCCCCGCAACAACAGCAUGGCGGCCGCCCGGCUGGGCCUAUGGACGCCGCAGGUAGCAGGAGCGGCGGUGGCCUCAGUCCAGAACAAAUGCGCCGCCAGUACUCUUCCUCGUCGCAAAACGCCGUUCCCGCAUAUUCGCCUCGCCCCGGCAGCACCGCGUCACACCAGGACCAGCAAUCCGACCAGUCCCAAUUACUUACUCCGGCAUCCGCCGUAACGCCCGGGGCAAUGUCCGCUUCCUCGACGACAUUUCCACCUCUUCUUUUGAGAGACGACCGCUCUGUGGUUGGCAGCACUGGAGCCUCGUCACUCGCCACACCCUCAUCUACACACUCGCCCAACGACUACCACUCCCCUUUCUCACCAAAUGGUACCGGUGUCGCUGCAUCCCCGGCGCAGAUCACGGCAUUCUCGCCGCUAAACCAAGCUGACGUCCACGUCUACCGACAAUCCACUGGUAGUUCCCUGCCGUCGCUACCGCCGAUGCAACCGUACGGCUCGCCACGAAACGAUAUACAUAGCGCCGCGUCUCCUAUGUCUGCAAAUACCCCGGCGGGCCAUGCUCCCAGCAACCACAGCAGCAGUGGCAGUGCUGGACAGUCACAGCAAACCCUGCUCCCGCCGAUCCGUGAGCACCUCGCGGGCCCCCUUACGGAGUCUAGCCCGACAGGCCCAGAAACCCGACGACCGCCACAAUUCAUUCCGCCUCCGACUGGGUACACACGGCUCCCUUCCAUGUCACAUUCACACCACUCGUCGCCCGCAUCUCCAGACGAAAUUUAUCGUCGGAACAGUGACCAUGCGUCGCCAAACAGCAGUUCCGGGAAUUUUGGAGGCCAGCCUGGCAGUAGUCAGUCCUACUACGCUCCGCAGACUGCACACUUGAGCAAUCAUAGCGGCGGCCACCGUGGUACGGCCGAGUACGGCGCAGACACACCCACUUCAGAACCACAUUACAGCACACCUGGGUCGACUGGCCGGCCAGCCGCCUCCCCUGGACACCUAUUGAACCCGAUGGUGACGUCUCCGCUACCGGGGCCCGGUAGCAUGGUUCUCCCUCCGGUCAGACACGACAGUACGCCGCGCCAGCAACCAUCGAUCGAGUCUCUCACCAGUCACAUGCAGCCGCACUCGCCCAAUGGCCAGCAUAUGCCGCCGCCGCUCGCUCACCCUCAGCAACCGCCGCUACAACGACCACCACAGCCGUCGCAUACGACAGCCCAGGGCCCGUACAAGUGUGAAGUGCCGGGCUGCACCGCCGCGCCUUUCCCGACGCAAUACCUCUUAAACUCACACGCCAAUGUGCACUCCUCUGCACGGCCGCACUACUGUCCUGUCCCUGGCUGCCCGCGAAGCGAAACCGGCAAGGGCUUCAAACGCAAAAAUGAGAUGAUCCGUCAUGGUCUUGUGCACCAGUCGCCGGGCUAUGUGUGCCCGUUUUGUCCGGACCGGGAGCACAAGUACCCGCGUCCAGACAACUUGCAAAGGCACGUCCGUGUUCACCACAAAGAAAAGAGCAAAGACGAUCCGCUUCUACGCGAUGUCCUGGCUCAGCGCGCGGAGGGUCCCAGUCGAGGCCGCCGCCGACGCCUGUAA